AUGGUUGCUUUUACCCGCUUUAGAAAGAACUCGGGAAGCUAUCAGACUGCUUCUAUCUAUCUAUCUAUCUAUCUAUCUAAUUCAUUCUUACAUCUAUCUAUCUCUAUCAGUUCGUUCAUGUCUGUCUAUUUAUCUAAUCUAAAUAUCUAUCUAGUUCAUUCUUACAUCUAUCUAUCUAUCUAUCUAUCUAUCUAUCUAUCUAUCUAUCUAUCUAUCUAUCUCAUCUUUAUUAUCUAUCUAUCUAUCUAUCUAUCUAUCUAUCUAUCUAUCUAUCUAUGUCAGUUCGUUCAUAUCUAUCUAUUUCGCCCUGACAUCUAUUACCCCAAGAUUUGUGUAUCCUUUCUCUCAUCUCUUCUCUCUUUCACUCUCUCAUUCCCCUUCUCUCCCCCCCCCUAUCUCUCCUUCACUCUCAUUCCCUCUCUCUCAUCUGUUCUCUCUCAUUCUCUAUUUCUCUCUUUCCAUAAGCCGCUCUCUCUCUUAUUCUCUCUCAUCACCUCUCUCUCUCUUAUCUCCUCUCAAUGCUUGAUCAUCAUCUUUCUCUCACUCACUGUCAUUCUCUCUCACUCAUCUCCUCUCUCUCACUCAUCUCCUCUCUCUCCCAUUCAUCUUUUCUCUCUCACUCAUCUCCUCUCUCUCACUUUCUCUCUCACUUAUCUCCUCUCUCCCACUCUCUCAAUCAUCUCUACUUCCUCUCACUCUCACUCUCUCAUCUCCUCUCUCACUCUCUCCCUUUCUCUUUCCCUAUUUCUCCUCCUCUCUCUCUCUUGUUUCUCUCCUCUUUCUUUCUUUCUUUCUUUCUUUCUUUCUUUCUUUCUUUCUCUUCUAAUUUUUUUUUCUUUGUAUUUUUUCUCUUUUACUUACAUUUGUCUCACUUUUUCUUUCUUUCCAUCUCUUUCUUUUUUCCACCGCCCCCUCUUUUUUUGA